AUGUUGGGAAGCUUCUUGAAGCAUCAAUUUCUGCCACUUGCGAAAUAUUCUUUCUACUCCGGAAAUAUCACAUAUAAAGUUGUUGAAAAUAUUUCAAAUUUGUUCGAAAGGUGUAAGGAAUUGUUAGACACGAAUGGAAAUGAUUGGCGAAAUCCUAUCACAGAUUUCUCGCAAUUUUCAUCAUACAUUGAACCAAUUUCAUUAACAACACAAUUAAAUGAUGCUGAAGCAAUGAAGUCAUGCGCAUGUUUAGCAACUAAUCAAAACGAUGAUAAUGAUGAUGAAGAGAUGAUUGUCCCAUUGCCAAAGAUGGAAAUUGAUGAAGAUGACGCAUUGUCAACGAUUUGGUUGCCACUCAAACGCAAACACAUUUUCAACAUAAACUCAAAAGCGUCAACUUUUAUACUUUUCCGAUUUUUCGUCACUGUCUCUCAAUGCUACAAAUAUCAAAACAUUGAUCAAUCGAUUUUCAAUCAGCGAUUAAAAGUUUGGUUGUUGGAAAAUAUUUCACCAUAUCUGAACGAUGACAAAUUGUAUCCUGCAUUCGGUGGAGUUUUGAGAAUUUUUAAAACAAUAAAAGGACCCAACGAUGUGAACAUUCAAAUCAAUAAACAUAGAAAAGUUAAACAAAAAAGACUUCGCUUAAAUUUAUUGCAAAAUAAUGAGUUGCAUUCAGAGAAUAACGAAGAAAAUCUGAACUCAGACGAUAAUUACAACAAUGACUUGUGGAUUGCAAUUGCUUUAGCAGCUUUCACUACUGGAGUUAUUAUUAUUAUCAUUUAUAUGUUGAUAAAUUGCUGUUGUAGCAACAAGAAAGUGAAAUAUUCUAAACCAACACGAAAACUAAGUUGCAUGCAAAAGCUUAUCAACUUUUUCAAGCACAACACGCAUCAACCAGACCCAGAUGAAUUUCAUACUUUCAGCAAAAAAUCUUCUAAGCAACGAGUGAAUUUUGAGAAUGAGAAACAACUUAAAUCUAGAUUGAAAGGAAAGAAGAAAAGCAUGGACAGAAUGAAACUUCCUUUGCUUCAUAAUCUCACUGAAUCUGAAGAAGACAUUUUAGAAGUUAAUCCGACAAACAAAUCAUGGUCAGGUUCUUCUAUCGUCUCACAAAAUGAUUCGAAAAAUCAAUCAAAAUUCAGGAUAACUGAAAGCUCAGAAGAUGAACAGGAAACGAAAUCAAAAUCUUCGAAAUUCUUAAACAAGAUUCGCUCUUUGUCGCCGAGUAGAUUCCGCAAGCAGAAGUCUUAA